CCUGUGAGCUGAUUGGUCGGUAGUGAUUUUGACGCGGGAAAGCUUCAGCGCGAAUUAACAAUUAUCCCCUGAAAGCUAUCUUCUGUAGGUACAAUUCACAAACCUUUGGGGUUGUUUUUAGUUGGCAAAUAAAAAUGUUUUACUACCCAAAUGUUCUCCAACGCCAUACUGGGUGUUUUUCCACAAUUUGGUUAGCAGCCACCGGAGGUAUCCGGGUCACUCGCAGGGAGCUUCUCCGAGUCAAUGUCAAGCGGACGUGCAACGACAUCUUGGACUAUGUUCUGGGACAAGUUCCUCCUCUCCAGCCCAACCAGCCCAGGCCUCGCUUCUCCCUCUACUUGUCGUCUCAGCUGCAGUAUGGCGUGGUCAUCAUCUACCACAAGCAGUGUGGCUUUUUGCUCGAGGAGGUUCAGCAAACACUCGAACGUUGGCUUCGCUCUAAAAGACACAUACAGAUCGACCUGGCUGAAUCUGACAGGAUGGCUCUGGAUGUUCCUGACGGCCUGAACAUGAUGGAAGAAGCUGAGGGAGCUCAGGACCCCUUCUUUGGUCUGAUGGCACCCCACCAGCUGCCCAGCCCCUAUAAAACAGUCCUGGUGGGGUUAGAGGUUGAAGGUUUGGGUUUGGGUUUGCAGCACUCUGUGGUGCCCAGCCCCAACAUCAAACCCAACGCAGGUUUCAGCUCGCCUCCGGCUGCCAUCACGCUAACAGAGAAGGAGCAGUUUGUCAUCAGCACUGCUGAGGAUUUUGAGGGAGCGGACCUUCCUGAAGUCACAGCCAGAGAAAUUCAGCUGUUGAUGGAUCAACCUGAUCACUUCAGAAGAGUGGAGGAGGAGGAGACUGAGGAGAAGACCAGGGAUCGAACGCUCUCUUCCUUUGGCAACCAGCCGAAGGAGACGACGCUCGGACCAGAGCAGGACAGCAUGCGGCUCCUGGAAGAGGAGACGGGGGAGCCUGUGGAGGUUCCUCUGGCAGCCGUGGCCCCUGAGAUGACACCGGAGCACGUCGCGAUGCCUUCGGAGAUUGUCGGAGACAGAGCUACAGAGAGCCUCUGUGAGGAGAUGGUGGAUCCUCCUCUGAGGAAGCACAGCAGGCGACGCCGGCGCCAGCUGGUCUUUGUGGACCCUGAGGUCCAGAUCUCAGACGAAGCCAUGCAGAAGCAGAUUGAAGAUCCACAGACCGAAACUCUGAAUAUGAUGGAGGUGUUGCUGGACGUCCCCGCACUGACCAAGAGGGCCUCUCCCGCUCAGCUCUUCAACGCCCCCUGUGGAUCUCUCCUCCACCCCAGUCUCCUGUCGCUAUGGAAACAGCAGGCCUCGACCCCCGUCCUGAGUGAGAGCGGGGCGUUGCACAGAGCAGAAGAGUCAGAGCAGGACAUGGAAAUUCUGCGGAUGGAAAAGAAGCGGAGGCACUCGCGCAUGAAGGAGAUGAGCAGCGUAUCGGGACUUGAAACCACGGAGGGUUCAUCUGUGUUAGAUGUGAUGCUGGACAUGUCCAAAGAAGAUCGGUCUGGAAGCGAUGUGAUGACUCCUGUCAGCAGAUGGUCUCCACACGAGGACGUCCAGCCACCGAUGGAGUCUAUAGCCGAGGAAAACAUGGAGAUACCCGAGGCCCAGACUGACACAGAGAACAUGUUGAGCUGGAUCACCUCCACCCUGCAGAGACUCGGUGAGGUCACCUUUGACUCUUUGCUGCCCCCAGAGGCUGACCGCUUUACUGCAGCUCACACUCUUGACAAACUGCUGGAGCUGCUGUCAGAUAAACAAGUGACUGCCUGCCAGACUGAGCCCUACAGAAGCAUCACCAUCAGUCUGAAUCAGUCUCGCUAGAAAAUUUCAUGUUUUAUCUUUUCACUUUUUUAUUAACAAGAGAUAAUCUGUUGCAGCAGUUUGUGCUUUGUAUACACUUUUUAAAAAUAGAAUGAAAUUAGCCAUUUCAGUUUUUAAUGUGUUCAUAUGUUUUAAUAAAAAUGUGUUGUUGGUGUUACAUAUUGUUUGUUUUCAAGCUUUUUAAAAGAUUUUAGUGUAU